UCGGCACAGAUUCUCGAACGAAUUUUAACGCCCCCACAGGUCUCGCAAUGUCCAAACGGUCAUCUUCCAGCGUCUCUGUUGAAGUGCAAUAUUCUGCCGAAAACUACGAGCACGUUUGUCGGUUGUGCCUUUCGAAUGAAGGACUUGUGCCACUCUUUACCAACGUCCGAGGACGCAACGCUUAUUUCGUGCGGAAGGUCAUAAAGCUAGCAACGGAACUACUCCAUUUUAAGUUCACCAUAAACGAUGCGCUCCCGAACUUCCUCUGUACGCACUGCGAACGCACGCUGCUCGCCAUUGCCAAAUUUAAACAAAAGUGUGAUGAGUCGAUAGGUAUUUUAAGGCAAGUUAACGAAACUGUUCAAAGUAGUAAAAACCAAAAGGAGAAAUGCGAGUUGGAAGCAGGACGAAGAGAAGAUCAACCCACGAAAGAGCGUCGGGAAUGUAUCGAAAUCUUACGAAAGCUGCCAGCUGCAAUACAGGUAGGAAAGCCAAAACCACCUGCCGCACGAGAAGACCUGGAAGAAGUGUUGGACUCCGAAACAGCAGAUUGGCAUGCUCAGAACACGGACGACCACGACGACGAAUUCACUGUCGACCCAGAGACCGCCCAGCUAAAUGCAGAUGAAAUUGGUCUUGAAGAGAGUGAAGAACGGCUUCUGGAGACUGAUGAGGAAUCGCGGCCCGAGUGCGGCGAUGAGUCGGACGAAAAGGCACCAAAUAAAUCGGCGAAAGAAAAAGCCGUAUGCCCGGUGUGUGGUGCGAUGGUGCACAACCUCACAACACACAUGGCCUCGCACAGUAAGGUGCGGCCACACCAGUGCGACCAAUGCCCGAAAAGUUUCACCACACGCUCCAAGCUGCAGACGCACAUCAACAGUGUGCACCUGAGGCGCCGCGAUUUCGAGUGCGACAUUUGUGGAAAGGGUUUUCUGGAGAGAAACCAUCUUAAGGGCCACAUGCGCAUACACACCGGCGAGCGGAAGUAUCGGUGCGAUCUGUGCCCGAAGACGUUCAUGUUUGCCGGUACGCUCCGGUGCCAUAAGCUGACGCACACGCAGGAGAAAUCCCACGAGUGUCCGGUGUGUGGGAAGAUGUUCCUGAUGCGUACCACCCUCAACAAGCACGUGCGAGUGCACAGCGACGAGCGGCCGUAUCAGUGCGACGUUUGUGACAAACAGUUUCGUACCAGUACGCACCUGGCGAUACACCGGCGGAGCCAUACGGGAGAAAAACCACUGACUUGUCGCAUCUGUGGAAUGGCCUUCGCUCAUUAUCCGACGCGCAGCGUGCAUAUGAAAACGAAGCAUCCCGAGGAGCUGGUGCGUCUUAAUUUAAUCGAUGAAAAGGGUCACUUGAAAGUUUGAGUAAGCUCGCGGAUGGCCAUGUAUUCCAAUGUUUGAAAUGGAAUACCGCAUCCUUUCCGAUAAAAAUACCAGCGAAAGCUGGAAAACAUGGCUCAGCUCCUGUUCCUUGGGGCGUCUAAUCACAACGAAUAGCAGCCUCAGUUCCUGAAAAGCAUGAAAGGAGAAAUGAAAACCAAAAUAUAUAUUCGAUGCACACACAAAAGUUGAUUUCAAUUCUUAAUUCACGCAAUGACGAUUCGAUUCAGCAAUGUCUGCCUGAUG